AUGGAGUGGGGAUUUUUUUGCGGAGGUGAGGUGACAUCGACCGAAAAAGAAGAAAGGCGAAAAAUGUUCCGCCGGAUUCGAGACUUCACUCGCCGCCACCGUGGCAAAUUGGUCUUCGCGACUGUAGCCGGUGGCGCCGCAUAUUUCGCGGGUCGUUACGUGCACCGCAGGUUCCUCGAAUGGCAGCAAUCGGCGACCAACGAUCUCCUCGAACAAACCAAGAAACACAUUCACUUUGAGUCGACGCAAAGGACGUGCGUGGACACCACUGCCGCCUUGUGCGCCACAUUGGUCGCCAAGGCGAAAGAACGGUUCAACCCCGACUCCAUAAUCGCCGCCAUCAAAGCCGCCGGUGCCGCGUCUGCGGCGGAAAAGAUGCCGUUGUGGGAAAAAUUGAAAGCGUGCUCCUUGUGUCGCGCGUUUGCGAGUAUCUACGGAGGCGCCAUGUUGUGCGUGUUGACGAGCGUUCAGUUGAACGUGGUUGGAGGCUAUCUGUUCGUUCAAAUGAAUCAGAACGAGGAGAACUUGAACGGAUUUGGUUCCAUGGAACAAGAAGCAUAUCUCUCUUCCAUGACGGAAUUCGUUUCCCGAGGUUUCGCGCAGUUUUGCGACGACAUGGAAAUAAUCGUGAACGAAUUGGUCGCCGCGACGCCGUUGAAAAAGCAGCUGAAUUUCGCCAACGUGAACUCCUUGACGUUCUCUGUGAAAAAUGAGUUGGAUGCGUUGUUGCAGGGAAAACUGUUGGAGUAUAUUUAUCCGUUGCUGGAGAAUGAAGAGUCGAUUCUAACGACUGUUGUGCAGGAAACGAGGGAUGUUUUUGAAAAUCCGGACGUGUUUUCCGUGAUUCGACACUUGACUCAAGUUGGCACGAACGAAUUGCUGGAUGGGAUUGCGAGGGAGUGGAUUGUGAAAUCAAAGGAAGCCAAACCGCCGAGUGAUGAAGCCGAUGAUAUUGAGGAGACGAAUGCGAAUGUCAUUCCCCAAUUGUCAAUGUUUCAUGACUUCUCAAUGCCAUUUGCGAAAUUACUGCCGUUAUACGCGGGUCCCCAAGCCCAGAAGGGAUUUCUGGCAACGCAGGAUAGCCGCGUGGAAUCCUCGAACGUUCUAAGAUGGCGGCUUCCCCGUAUGCUGUCGGAGGGAAUGCCCGACAGUCGCGUUCGGAGUGUAGAUUUCCGGAGGGGCUGUGGAAAAUAUUUUUUACCGUGGGAGGUUACGAUGGGUCGCGUGAUUCGCGCACAGAGAAAGGGACGUGGAUCCGUCUUCCGCGCCACCAACAAGCACCGGAAGGGUGUUCCCCGUUUCCGACCGGUUGAUUUCGCCGAACGACAAGGAUACAUCAAGGGUGUUGUCAAGGAAAUCAUGCACGAUCCUGGUCGUGGUGCACCCCUGGCUUUGGUGGUAUUCCGCGACCCCUACCGCUACAGGCUUAGGAAGCAACUUUUUAUUGCUUCAGAAGGCAUGUACACCGGUCAAUUCAUUUACUGCGGAAAGAAGGCUACAUUGCAAACCGGAAAUGUCCUCCCAAUUGGCACCAUGCCUGAGGGUACUCAGGUCUGCAAUGUCGAAGAGAAAACUGGUGAUCGUGGCCGAAUCGCUCGUGGAUCCGGAAAUUAUGCUACUAUAAUUUCACAUAACAACGAAACGAGGAAGACCAGGAUCAAGCUUCCAUCAGGAGCCAAGAAGAUCGUUCCGUCUGCCAACAGGGCCAUGGUUGGUCUCGUAGCCGGUGGUGGUCGUAUAGACAAGCCCAUGCUAAAGGCUGGCCGUGCUUACCACAAAUACAAGGCAAAGAGGAAUUGCUGGCCGAAGGUCCGUGGUGUGGCCAUGAACCCUGUUGAACAUCCUCACGGAGGUGGUAACCAUCAACACAUUGGUAAAGCGUCUACUGUUUCCCGAAGCAAGAGUGCUGGUCGCAAGGUCGGUCUCAUCGCUGCUCGACGAACUGGACGAAUCCGUGGUGGCAAGAAAGUUGUCAAGGGCGAAGAUUAA